GUGUCUUCAUCGCAGAACACGGAGGAUGACUGCGGAGGGGACAGCAUCGAGCCAGAUAGUCUCCUGUGAACACAGAAACAAGAAAAGCUUGUUCAGAGCAAAGGAGGUGCGAAAGAAACUGAAAACAGGCAAGACUCUUUGUGAAGAAUGUGAGCGAGCAGUUAAGGAUGGUGAUAUAUCUUCAUCGAAACAGAAAGAAGUGUUGAUCUGUGUAACUUGCGGCUAUCUGACAUGUUCGACUCACGCCAAGAAACACUGCGAAGCUGCACGCACUGGAGAGAAACAUUCACUGUUUUUAAAUCUCGAAAACUGCCAAAUAAGAUGCGAAGCAUGUGCUACCCCGCUGUCUGUUUUAGAUGAUCCCCAAGAUCCUGUUAGAUUAUUUUGCAAUGAAUAUAGGUCCUUUUCAAAAACAAGGUCAGAACCGAAAAUUACCCGGAAACCUCCUGAGCACAAGCAGGCGUCAUGCAAUGGCGUUUCGCAGCCUCAGCAGGAGGAAUCUAACAAGCUAUCGAACGCAGCGAAUCCGGCUCUCCCUAUUGAAGUAUCUCGAACUGAUAAAAAUUCGAACAAGCGCUCCAGGCAACCAUCACUUGAUGACACCAUGAUCCCGGCUAAGGGUCUUGCCAACCUUGGAAAUACUUGCUUUUUCAACAGUGUCAUGCAGUGUAUGAUGCACACGCAUCAACUUACGGAUUAUUUUAAUCGCUUUGGGAAAGUCACUACAUUGGAUUUUCGGCAAACACACACUGUAGUCGUGAAUGAGGAAAAGGUCAACUUAGAGCCUGCUACCAUCUCUGUCCCUCUCGAAUCGGCACCCCUCAAUUCAGUUUUACGAGGAUUCAUUGCUGAGUUUCAAUGUGGCGCGUCUCCCUCUCCAGGAUCCGUAUUCUCACAGAUUUCAUGCAAAACUCCGCGCUUCAAGGGCUAUCAGCAGCAGGACGCCCACGAACUGCUCAGAUAUUUGCUAGACGGCUUGCGGAGCGAGGAAAUGGAGCGGUAUAAGGCUGGGAUUGCAUCUUACUUUGGCGUGUCUCCCAAGAUUAGCAGAAAUAAAGUUUCGCGGGCUAUCAGCCUCAAAGCAUGUGAAUUUGGCUCAGGCUAUCUUCAAGCAGCUGGACGUCCACUCCUUGAUAUGGUUUUUGGUGGCACUCUUCUCCAGACAAUCUUAUGCUCGGAAUGUGGUCAUGUCAGCGAGCGUCAUGAACAGUUUCUGGACUUAUCCAUACCGGUCACAUUGAAUGGCUCUAUCCGCUCCCAGCGCGGUAAUUCUAUAGCGGUCUCAAAUGAACAACUUUCGACACAGGGGAAAAAGAGAGGACGUGGAAAACGUAAGGUUGCAAUACGUAAUGAUGAUUAUAAUGAAGAUAGAAUCAUAAGUCCUCCUGAACGGCGUCUUGUAGUUGAUGACAAUGGAUACUCGGAUGAUGAUAUGGAGAGAUUAGUCGCAGGUGUAAACAGACUUGAUUUCACGAAGGUUCUCGUGUGUCCCCCAGAAGAAUACAGGGACGGUGCGUGCAGCAUAGGUUCAUGUCUUCUGGAAUUCACAGCUCCAGAAGAACUUCAAGGCGCCAAUGCUUAUGAAUGUGAGAAGUGCUGUGGUCCUCGUAAUAAGAAGAUGAAUGCAGUUGGUACUAAGAAGAAGCGCGUCUCCGCCUUGAAACGAUACCUAAUAUACGAACCUCCUGCUGUCCUUACUCUGCAUCUGAAACGAUUUCAGCAACUGGAAGGGCUCUCAGGAAGGAAAAUGGCUGCAAGGAAGUUGAGUGGGCAUGUGGAUUUCCCUACCGUCUUUGACAUGGCUCCUUUCUGCUGUAGGAAUGUGGAGCGCAUAGCACCCGGUGAAAAACGCCUUUUGUACUCGCUUUAUGGUGUAGUGGUGCAUUCUGGGAGCCUCUCAGGCGGUCACUAUAUUGCCUAUGUGAAAAGUCGCCACAGGCUGAAACAGGCCUACGCCUUUCUCGAAAUCGCAAGAAAUACAUGUGUCGAUGCUCUGUCUCAUCCAGUCCGUACGUCCGUUGAAGAUCUUCCACUAGAUGCACAUAUGGAGAACGACGGCCAAUGGUACUACUGCAGUGACAGCCAAGUAAUGGCAGUUCCAGAAAAUCGUGUUCUUUCUGCAGAGGCAUACAUACUCUUCUACGAGCGGGUGCUAUAAUUUUGUCUCCCCUAGUGGCUUUAUCGGCUUUCCUAUGUGCCCUGUACCCACCUCUAGGUUCGGGUGUAGCGUACCUGAUGAUAGUCUCUGAAAUUGUGAUAAGAUUUUUACAGAUGAUUUAAUUAUAUUGCAUUACAAGAGUUCUAUUAAUCAUAGGUUUAUCAGAUAUUGCUCGUCUUUCACCACCGAAUCAACUAGCCAGUUCACAAACAGUCAUUAAUUCUUGGUUAACCACUAAUGAAUGGAAGAAAUAGAUGAAAU